AUGAAAAUAAGCAAGAAAAAGUUAGUUGAAUCAUGCAAAACAAUUAUUUCCUCAGCUGAUUUAGAUAUUAUAACGGAAAAAAUUGUCCGACGUCAAGUUGAAGACAAACUUGGUUUGGAGAACAAAAUCCUGGACAAUGAACCUUGGAAAGGUUACAUCAAAGAAAUCGUAAACAAAACA